CGACGCGCUCCACAGUGCGGUAUUCUCGCGCAGAGCCCGCUGUAGCGCUGCCGUACGCACUGUAGCGGAGCACCUGGGCGGCCAGGACACGCCGGUUACCGCAACAGAGACUAGAAAGAGGAAAAGAAAAUCAAAAUUAAAAAUCAUAACGACCCCAAACAUGUCUGUGGGUGGUGACUUUGGGAACCCUUUAAGAAAAUUCAAACUCGUCUUUCUCGGGGAGCAAAGCGUUGGAAAGACAUCGCUGAUCACAAGGUUCAUGUAUGACAGCUUUGACAACACGUACCAGGCGACAAUUGGAAUCGACUUCUUGUCAAAAACCAUGUACUUAGAAGACCGAACAGUGAGGCUGCAGCUGUGGGACACGGCGGGCCAGGAGCGCUUCCGCAGCCUCAUCCCAAGCUACAUCCGCGACUCCACGGUGGCCGUCGUGGUUUAUGACAUCACAAACGUGAAUUCAUUCCAGCAAACGUCCAAAUGGAUCGACGACGUCAGAACGGAGAGGGGCAGCGACGUCAUAAUCAUGUUAGUCGGCAACAAAACAGACCUGGCAGACAAAAGGCAAAUUACGAUUGAAGAGGGUGAGCAGAGAGCUAAAGAGCUGAACGUAAUGUUCAUCGAGACUAGCGCCAAAACAGGGUACAAUGUCAAACAGCUGUUCCGACGUGUGGCCGCCGCACUGCCUGGGAUGGAGAGCAUGCAGGAGACGAGCAAAGAGGGCAUGAUCGACAUCAAGCUGGACAAGGCGCAGGAGCCGCCGAGCAGCGAGGCGGGCUGCUCCUGUUAGCGUGCGGCGCUGGGAGCCCCAUUGACACCACGUGCUUAUUGUGUCGCUUCCAACUGGUCAGCUUCCACCUGACUCCUCCGACCGGAUAAUCGGCCCUCACAUCUGACUAUUAGUUACUGGUUCAGAAUAGUAGUGUUACAUCAAUUCUUGGUUGUAAAAUAUUGUAGUUUAUUAACAAAAUUGACAAACACGGUGAAAAUUGUAAAGGGGGGGAAAUGAGAUGCGGAACUGGAAACAGGUGUAUGUUUUUGAAAGCUGGAGCAGUUUUAAGUUUUUUUUUUUUUUUUUUUUUCCCCUUUUUCUUCGUUCUGUUUUGUGCUUUUGUAUUUUUUGUAUUGUACUGAAGGAUCGAGCGUUGAACGAUGCAGACAAGACAGUUUAUCAGAGGUUCCAGCUUGUGCAGGGAUGAGGAGACGAGGAGCUGGGGGCCCGGAGCCCGACGACACACUGAAUAGCCACCGCAUGCAUGCAACUCCUUCUCCAGUGUUUGUUUGUCUGUCUGUUUGUUUGUUUUUUUCCUGCUUGUGUAUACCAGUUGAGUAUAUAAAGCUCACUUACACCUGUGAUGUAAA